AUGCUGGUUGAAUAUCGACAGCUUUUUAAAAACAAAUGCCAGUAUAACACUGCGGCAGAAAGUUAUACUGGAACCUUGCUGUUAGUACUGUUCCUUAUCAUUAAGGUCCUCAACCGGCAGAGCACCGCCUUCGUGGCGUGUGAGGGCGGCCGCAGCCGCGGCCCGGUGCGCUUCCACAGCGUCCCCGCCUUCGUGCUGGCCACAGAUCUCACGGUGGAGGUUCCCGGACAUGGAAAGGUGGUGGUGGACAUUGCAUAUGGUGGCACAUUUUAUGCAUUCGUUAGUGCUGAAAAGUUAGGACUCGACAUUUGUUCUGCAAAGACGAGGGACCUUGUGGAUGCGGCGAGUGCAGUGACAGAAGCAGUGAAAGCUCAGUUUAAAAUUAAUUAUCCUGAGAGUGAAGACUUUGCCUUUCUAUAUGGAACAAUAUUAACAGAUGGAAAAGACUCUUAUAGUGAGGAGCCAACUACCAACAUCUGUGUGUUUGCAGAUGAACAGGUUGACAGAAGUCCUACUGGCUCAGGAGUGACAGCCCGAAUUGCCUUACAAUAUCACAAAGGGCUUCUAGAACUGAACCAGACCAGAGUCUUUAAAAGCAGCACAACUGGCUCAGUGUUCACAGGGAAUGCUGUGAGGGAAACAAAGUGUGGUGAUUUUAAAGCUGUUGUAGUGGAAGUAUCGGGACAACCCCAUUACACGGGUACAGCAAGCUUUAUAGUAGAAGAUGAUGACCCGCUGAGGGAUGGAUUUCUUCUCAAGUGACUUCUUCCUUGACUUUUAAGGGCUUUCUUUUUAAAAUAAUUAUUACCUAUAAGUAAUUUUUUCUGUAAAUUAUGUGAAAACCAUUAUCUACAUUACACAUAUAAGCUAACUUUCAUUCGUUCUCAAAUAGCACUGUAGUUAAAUAUAAAGUCAUUAUACCUCACAUUUGCAAAUGUAUAUUGGUAUAAAUAUCAUAUAUGUCUAGCAUACAAAAUUCAGAAUCUUCUAGUUGUUAACGUACCAGGUAAAAUUAAAACCUUAUUUACUUUAAAAAUUUUAUUCUACGAUAAUUACUGUAAUUUUGUUUUAAAGGCUCUUUGAAUAAUAUCUGGAGUCUUUGUCCUCAUAA